ACAUGGGGGUGAAUAAAUGGUGUCAGAAUUUAAUUUUUCGUUUAUGCCCAAAAAUGAUCGAUAUAUUUAUGUGCGCUGAAUAUAUCUAAUGUGAGCUUUAUUGUAUGUUUUGCGGGAAUUCUUUUUUUUUCUCCUGAAUUAUAAGCUUGAAGAUGUGAAAUGUGUGGAAAAUGUGACAUCAUUCGUGUCCUGUCAGCCAAACCCCCCGAGAGGUUUGAUAAUGUUGUGGGAGCCCAACAACAUAUCACACAAUUGAACUACGAUGUUUUUUUAUCUGGAUAUGACAGCCGCCGUGCAUGCCUACAUUUUUUUAUGAUUCCUCCAAGUCAACAUGAAAUCCAAAUGCAAAAUGGACAUUAUUUACUUUAAGUUGUAAAAGGCGUCUCCUCUGCCUCUAAGCAAAAUGCCUUAUGGGAUUUAUCCUCAGCAAAACUGACAUCCUAUUACAUUCCGAAAGUUGUGGACCAAGGAUUAGAAGCUGUGUUUUCUAUGAAAAGAUUUUAUACCAAAUCUGCUGGAGCAGACCAUUUCUGGAUUGCAAACCUGCCGUCCUCGUCUCCAGAAUUAACUCACCGACCGUCCCACAGGGUGACUGCCUAUCAUGAGAUUCCGAAUUUACAAACGAAAGGUGGUAAUACUGACGUUAGUGGUCAUAAUCGGUGGAUUUGCCGUCUGGAAUAGUGGUAAGAUGAAGAAGGCAAGCACUGCUGUGGUUCCUAAAGAGGCGGAGACCGUUAAAAGGAUUAGCGGAAGUAGUCAGGUACAGGUCACGAUACCGGUAACUCGGAAACCAGUCAACGAGACGCUUCCAGAAAAACAACCAGCUGCCAAACCUGAAGUGGAAAACACUACUCAGGUGUACAGAGGGAUUGUGUUUCAACUCAACUUUGACCAGACCUUGAGAAACGAGGACAAGUUUCGGUCAGUGCGACAGAAGGAUGACCUCGUCGUAGUUGUUCAGGUGCACAACCGUCCAGAAUACCUGCGACUCUUGGUGGAUAGUUUGAGAAAGGCAGAGGGCAUUGAGAAUGUUUUGCUGAUAUUCAGCCAUGACUUCUGGUCCCCAGAGAUCAACCAGAUAGUCACCUCCAUUGACUUCUGUCUUGUCCUUCAAAUCUUCUUCCCGUUUAGUAUCCAGCUCUAUCCUCAAGAGUUCCCAGGGAAUGAUCCAAGAGACUGUCCCCGAGACAUAUCCAAGAAAGAUGCCUUAACGUUAGGCUGCAUAAACGCAGAGUACCCAGACUCCUUCGGCCACUAUCGAGAAGCCAAGUUCUCUCAGACCAAACACCACUGGUGGUGGAAGCUGCACUUUGUUUGGGAUAGAGUCCGGGUGUUGAAAGACCACCAAGGGCUCGUGUUGCUCAUUGAAGAGGACCACUACCUCGCCCCCGAUUUUUAUCAGCUUCUCAAGCUGAUGGCGUCGCUAAAGAAAGAGCAGUGUCCCGAUUGUGAUAUCCUGUCUUUGGGAAGCUACGGGCACAUCAGCUAUUCCAGCAAAACCAACAAAGUUGAGGUGAAAGCAUGGAAGUCCACUGAGCACAACAUGGGCAUGGCGCUAAGCCGAAAUGCGUACCAGAAGCUCCUCCGAUGCACCGAUGCCUUCUGCACCUACGACGACUACAACUGGGACUGGUCUUUGCAGCACCUUACCGUGACUUGUUUGCCCACGUUCCUGAAGGUCAUGGUCUGCGAGGCACCUCGCAUUUUCCACGCCGGCGAUUGUGGUAUGCACCACAAAAAGUCAGCUUGCAUGCCGACUAGCCAGAAGACAAAGAUCGAAAACAUUCUUCAGAUCAGCAGGAAUCAGCUGUUCCCAAAACAGUUGCUUAUCACAAAUAGACUGCCUGCAUUGGGGGCCAAAGGUGUGGCCCCCCAUGUCAAAAAUGGAGGUUGGGGCGACAUCAGGGACCAUGAACUCUGCAAGAGCUAUCUUCGAUUACAGUGACCGUUUAUUCUCGCUUUUUCGUUGUUUUUGCAUCCUCUAAUGAAAGCCUUUGAGAAUUCUUUAUGGACUAUUUCAUCAUAUUGCCUGUUUUAUUGAAAUAUUCCAAAUGAUAAAAAAAAGUAUGUGACGAUUGGAUUCGGUGGUUAUGAGCAUCAUUUAAGUAUUAUCUGAAGUAUUGUCAUCGUUGUCUCUAGGGCUGGGCAAUAUAUUGGAUGAUCGGAAUAUAUUUGCGAUGAUUUUGCUGUUGAUAUGAAAGUAAACAACAUUGUAAAUAUUGCAAUGAUUCGAAAUUAUUUUGAUUGGGCCAUCAACUUUCCAUAAGAUUGUGUUAUUUCCCAACAUUUCUAGCACCCUAGACGGAAUUGCAAAAAUAAAAAUUGUUUUCAUACCACUUUCCGAAAACGACUAGUGGGAUAUUCCCACUACCAGUUCAUGUCAUUGGUGGAGGCAAUACUGUUGUGUCGGACUGCAAGGGCUGGUCAGAACAGGAAUUUUUGUAGCUCCACAGAGACACGGUGUUUACAAAUAAUGAACCUAUGAAUGUCUUAUAGUUAGAGAUGUCACUGCAUAUUAAGUUGGGAUUGGAGAAAGUAUUUUAACAUCGAAAAAGUCACACACUUCAGCUUUUAAUUAUUUUUAGCUAAAUGGUUGGUUUUUUAUUUUUAAACCAUUUUUAGAGCAAAUGCAUACAUAUGGAGAUCUAUAUCAAAUAUCGUCAAAGGCUGUAUUCAUUUUAAAGCUAUAUCGCUCAGCCCUAGUUGUCACUUCUUUUGAGAUUAUAGCAUUUUUGUGCCAUUUUAAAGCCUUUUUUUUGUAUGCAUAAUUUUCAUAUCUGUAAAAAGCAUGCAACUUUCUUCUGAAAUAUAUACAGUAUGUGUGUGUGUGUGUGUAUAUAUACAUACCUGCUGACAAAAUACAUGGAAUGUUUACUUUUGAUCUGUUUUUGACAUUCUGUUAAAUAGUAUGCUGAACUACUGGGCUAUUUUUGAUAUGCAGAUGAACUAUUUUAUAUUUGCUUGAACGUGACUGACCAUUUUAAAGGUGUAGCCUUUGAAGUUUUGCUUCAUAUUGAACAUAUUCAAGUAUUGGAAUGGUUUUAAAGCUUUUGCAAGACAUUAAAAUUGCCUUUUCCUCAU